UUGAACAGUGACGGAAUGAUAAUUUUUUCAGCGCAAUGGUUUACUGUUGUCGUGCUAUGUGCCUUGUCAGAGUUCGUGGGAGACUUUCAUGCUCAAUCUGUUGUUGCUCAGAAGAGCAACGUUAUUUUGAAGAAAUACAACUCUGCUUAUGUGCUCAGUAUAGUAAGGCGCAGAUCAAGAAUUAUUAAAUAUUGUGCUGAACAAAAUACUCACACUGCCGCCGCCUCAAUAACAAGCUUUGUAACCGAAUUGACUGGCGUGGAGGCCACGACUGGAACCACGCAAAAUGCUUCAAGUAGUCAAAGCUUAGUGGCAAACACACAAUUAUUGACAGACGCAUCAACUAAUAGUGAAGUUAUUGGAAGCACCGAAAGUUCCACCGGAAUUUCUUAUGAUACGGCAACAGGCCUAACUGAAACAAGUUCAAUAAGCUCCAGUAGUGAAAAAGGAUCAACUUCAGUCGAUACUUCAUUAGGAAAUACUCAAACUUCUUCUGGAAGCUUCGGACAAACUCCUGCAGUGACAACAGAAAGUACUACUGCAGCCACCACUUCACUAGCUGUUGACACCACCACGGUUUCGCAAUCAGGAUCAAAAUCAAGCACUAUUGAAAGUUCAUCUAGUGCACCUAUUUCCACCACUUUGGCUUUGGAAACUUCAAAUUCAUCUGCUACUUCUACUUUAUCCACCACUUCUACCUCCCAAAGUACGUCUGCAACCAUGGUGAAACCUGCAUCCACCACUUCUACAACAACCACAAUCUCAACUUCCAAAAGUACUUCCGCAACUACAACCACAGUUGCACCUACUUGUCCUAAUGGGGUUUACAAAUUAUCAACGGCGCUGACAACGUGGGAAAGUGCAAGACUUGACUGCAACAGGAUGGGCCAAGAUUUGGUUGUUCUGAAAACCCAGUCAGACUACGAUCGUUUUAUGGCAUGUGUGCGAAGUCAAAACAGGUUGGAGCACCAAUUCUGGAUUGGUUUGAAUUCGAUCAACAAAACGGAAUUCAAAUGGGUCAAUGAUGUGGCCCCGAGCUACACUUCGUGGGACAAGAGCUACCCCAGUGGAGCUUCAAAGGAAUAUUGCGUCUUAAUGGCUACUGGAAAGUGGCAGAAUAAAAGAUGCACCGACGUAAGAUAUUUUGCAUGCGAAACUUCAACCACUAUUACAACUACGUCCAAAAGCUGUCCUGCUACAAGUUCCACUUACAGACUAACAAAAGAUGUGCAAACAAGGCAAGGUGCGAUUGCGGAAUGUAAUAAACUUGGAAUGGAACUCGUCAGCUCUGAAACACCUGAGGAAGAUGCUUGUGUGAGGGCAUUAAUUAAAAAAUCGGGUCUUGAACCAAGCUACGUAUGGAUGUCUCUCAACUGCAUAAAUGAAAAAUUUUAUGACCAUUGGGGCAACGGGGUAAACGUGAGCUACAAAGGUUGGGGAAGUGGACAACCAUCGCAAUACCCUAGAGAGCGCUGCGGAAUAUAUUUGAAAAAUGCUUGGUAUGAUUUGUCAUGUGGAAAUAAAGCCUACUACGUGUGUGAAGGAUCUUCAUUUAAUUGAUAAGGCUACAAAAAAUUUAAAAG